AUGAAGACCGGACGUCUGCUCUCGAGAGGCCGGGUACCUUGCAGUGUAUUCUGGACUCCGUUCCGGGGCGCGUCGCGGGGUUACGCUUCCCUCUCCGAACGUUUGCACCAUGAGUUGACCACCAGGACCCUCCCGUUGACCCAUGACUAUUUACACCCCCAACCGUCACAUCUCCUUAAUUUGACCCUCCGAGACCUACUGCCACUCUCUUCGCCGGUCAGUGCGACUCUACCCUCGAUCCAGAACCCCGCUCCGUUACCGGCCGGCCACCACCUGAUCUACUUUCCUCCGCAGGUGACCCUGUCGCAGCUGCUUCCAGACUGUACAGAUACACUACAUACACCCGGCGAACCGUUCAACCGACGUCUUUGGGCAGGAGGAAAUCUAAGGUUCCCCACUCCCAAUCUCCCUUUGGACGGGAGUCGCGCAGUGUGUCUGGAAUCUAUCCGCAAUGUGGUGGUCAAGGGCCGGGAGGGCGACGAGAAAGUGAUAGUCACAAUUGAGCGGCGCGUUGGGACAGUUUCCGAACAGGAAACAGAGGAGCAGAUAUGGAAUCGGAUCUGGACAGAAAAUGAAGCCGAUGCAGGGGAAUCCGCGGUCAUAGAGAACCGGGAUCUUAUCUUCAUGCGCUUGAAAACCAGCGCGCAAAUUGAGGCUGAUAAAGCUCGAUUCGGGGAGCCCAGGAGGAUUGUCAAGCGUAGGUGCACCUACAUUCUAGGAGAGAACGAGCUAAAGCAGAAUACAGCACCCUCCGACGCGACGUUCCGCCAUGCCAUCAUGCCAACUAAAUCGCUGCUGUUCCGAUUUUCGGCGCUGACUUUCAACGCGCAUUCUAUCCACCUCGACAAAGGCUACACCCAGAACGAAGAGGGAUACCGGAAUCUCUUGGUGCAUGGCCCAUUGACGCUGACACUUCUGUUAAGUGUCGUACAACACCAGCUUGGUCAGUUGAACCUGCACAUCAGCGCUAUUGAGUAUAAAAACAUAGCGCCUCUUUUUGUUGAGGAAGAGCUCAUUGUUUGCGGGAAGCCCAAGAAUGGCAAUGGAGCUUGGGACGUGUGGAUUGAAGAUGCGAAUGGAGGAUUGGCUGUUCGAGGUAAUGUUCGAACCAAGUAG